CCCACUCCUUCAUCAGGAUGCCCUUGUGUUCCUCUGGACUGAAGCCAAGGUGCUCCUCCCACCCUUCUCAUCUUGGAAGCCAAGCCCCUUUUGUAAUCUGCAUAAAGUCCACAGCUCAGGGAUCUGGUGACUGCAGAAACUGGCCUUCCACUUGCUGUCACCUGGAAUCCAAGCUACGGACCCAGGCUCCUCCAAGGACUGAGGCCACCAUGGCUCAGGAGAAGUCCCUCAUCCUGUUCUCAGUGCUAGCCCUGGUGCUGUUGGUGCUGGGGAGGGUCCAGCCUUCCCUGGGCAAGGAAUCUAGGGCCAUGAAGUUCCAGCGGCAGCAUAUGGACCCUGACAGCGACCCCAGCAACAACUCCAGCUACUGCAACCAAAUGAUGAGGCGCCGGAAAAUGACAGAGGGAAGGUGCAAGCCAGUGAACACCUUUGUGCACGAGCCUCUGGUGGAUGUCCAGGCCAUUUGCCUCCAGGGAAACAUCACCUGUAAGAAUGGACAGUCCAACUGUCACAAGAGCAGCUCCAGCAUGCACAUCACGGAGUGUCGCGUGACAAAUGGCUCCAGAUAUCCCAACUGUGCAUACCACACCAGCCAGAAAGAGAAGCAGAUCAUUGUGGCCUGUGAGGGAAACCCGUCUGUGCCGGUCCACUUUGACGCUUCAGUGUAGGUCUCCACCGAAAAUCAGAGCACCUGCCUCUCCCCUCUUCCUUCCUAGCACUGAGGGAAAUAACUCAAGUUAGGGCUUCUGUCCAUCACACACAUGCUUCCCUGGCCUGAGACUUGCCCCUUUGUAGUUGGGUGAUGAAGAGAAGGUUGUGAGGUGGGCCCCAUGUUAACCGCUUUGCUUCCUCUUUCUGCUUACUGUGAAUGUGACUGCUUCUCUGUCAGAGGGUGAGAACUGUUAAUCCGGUUAACUUUGGUGAGCAGUGAAUAGAAUCAUUAAAUGCUUCCUCUUCUGACUCUCGUCUUUUAAAGAUAAUUUUCUUUUGAGAUCAUUUGUUUUUUUUUUCAUGUAGAUUGCUUGUUGCCAAACAGAAACUGUAAGUGAUGUGGGGGAAAGACUAUUCCAUGAUAUGACCCCUGUCCCGUGAGCUGCACUUGGGCCAGAACAGAAAUGGCUUCCCAUAAGCCUCCCAGAGGUGUCUGAUCAUAACUGAUGUUCAUUCUGACAUAAAUCACGGCCCCUCCCCUGGCUCCUGUGAAUUGCUACUUCCUGGAAGAGGCCAUUGUCCUGACCUGGUUAAGCAUGUAAAGUGAUUUCUGUACCUGGUAGCAUUCAUGUACUAGUAUCCGAGAUUAUCCCUCCACCCCUUUUAUCCUGUGUAAUUCUUUGACACCUGUCAGGUGCCGAGGGCCUCCACUCUGUCUUGGAGCCAACCAAGAUGUGUCUUGUGUGUACAU